AUGGAGUUUGACAGAGUAGUAGUGGUUUGGUUCUUGGUUACAUUAUGGGUUUUAGGUGCUGGAGAUCGUCAAGUGGUUAUGGGUUUGCCACCAUGUAAUUUCCCUGCAAUUUACAACUUUGGCGACUCAAAUUCCGACACUGGUGGUAUAUCGGCAGCUUUCUUAGCUGUUCCACCACCUAAUGGAGAGACUUUCUUUGGUAGGCCUUCAGGAAGAACCAGUGAUGGUCGUCUCGUGAUAGAUUUCAUUGCGGAGCACUUGGGAUUACCCUACCUACAUGCAUAUCUGGAUUCAAUCAGAUCGAACUUUGAGCAUGGAGCAAAUUUUGCAACUGGAGGGUCAACAAUUCAGCCGUCAAAUGUCUCAUUUUAUCAGUCUGGUGUUAGUCCUUUCUCACUUGAUGUCCAGCUUUGGCAAUUUGAUCAAUUCAAAGCGCGAAGUGGGGAACUCUACAGGCAAGCAAAGAACUCGUCAGAAAGAAAGAAUCUACCUAAACCAGAUGAUUUCUCUAAGGCAAUCUAUACUAUUGAUAUCGGGCAGAAUGACCUUGCUUCGGGUUUUGUGAAUCCUAUAGAUGUAGUCGUUGCAUCCAUCCCAAAACUACUUGAUCAGUUUGUAAUGGCAGUAACAAAACUAUACCACCAAGGAGCGAGAACAUUUUGGAUACACAACACGGGUCCCAUAGGUUGCUUGCCGUUGUCGCGUGUUUAUUUCUCUGGUUCAGGGCCCGGGUUUUACGACCAGAAUGGUUGUGUCAAAUCACACAACGAUGUUGCCGUGGAGUACAAUAGACAACUGAAGGAAAGACUGGUGGGGUUAAGGUCACAACUUUCUCAUGCUGCCUUGACAUAUGUUGAUGUCUAUGCUGCAAAGUAUGAAUUGAUCAGCAAUACCAGGAAGCACGGAUUUAUUGAUCCUCUGAAGAUAUGCUGUGGGAUUUAUGAACGAGAUCCAGCACGUCAUGUUGGGUGCGGGCAGAAGAGGUAUAUCAAUGGAACCGAAAUUUAUGCUACAUCUUGUGGAAAUCCAUCAAUGUACAUUAGUUGGGACGGAGUUCAUUAUACUCAUGCAGCGAACCACUGGAUUGCUAAUCAUAUUCUUGGCGGUGCACUCUCUGAUCCACCUAUCCCCAUCACCGAAGCCUGUUAUAAGCACCGUUGACAAUCUAUAUCAUUAAUCAUGACUAAUGGCUUAUAAGGAAAUUAGUU